AUGACCCCUCGCAUUCGCGCCCCGUCCAGGAAACUAGAACAAUUCGAAGAGCUAGUAUACGAGUACUCGAACGGAACGUACGAUAAAGAUGUUAAAUGGGACAUUGAUACUCGCGCAUGCAAUCUCCGCUUCGAAUCCGCCACUAGGGGACCCCCCGCUCGAGUAUCAUUCCUUUUCAAGGUAUCCCCUGGGAUGUGUAAUUUAUUCGGAAGUCUACAUGGCGGUUGUGCUGCGACCCUGAUUGAUAACCUCUCGACCACUAUCCUCAUGGGCGUCUCCAAACCGGGCUAUUUCUCCAUAGGAGGUGUCAGUCGCAAUCUGAGGGUGACGUAUCUGCGUCCCGUGCCCCUGGACACCGAGGCUCGCUUGGUGUGCGAAGUUGUCCAGGUUGGCCGUCGGUUGGCGUUCUUGAAGGCGGAGAUUUCCCGCGUGGAUAAUGGGGAUUUGUGCAUUGUUGGGGAGCAUGAGAAGGUGAACACGGAUCCCUCGACCGGGCGGAAGUUGUAG